ACGGGAAUCCGUCGAAGGUACCUUCGUACGAACCGUAAAUCCGAUUUCCACGAACGGAAAUCGAAGAACGGAAGAGACUCGACGCGGCGAGCGACGGCCAAUUAUUGUCCAACGUAAAAUCCACCGGUGUCUCGUAUAUAAGUUGUUGUCUCGUUCAAGAGCUUCAGUCGUUCUUGACUCUUCGACCGCGGAGAUUAUCAACCAGUAAACAUCAGCUAAUAAAUAAAACUUUGUGCGUGUCUAUCGAUUGUCGGACUUCACUCGUGCCAGCAACAUGAAGUUCUUGAAGUGUCUUGUGCCGGUGGUAAUAUUCCUGCUUGCUGGGACAUGCCACGCUGCGCCCGGUCUGCUCGGAGAAUUGGCAGCCAACCAUGGACUCAGCAUAUUGGACCCUUUGGGACUGUUCCAUAAGGAUAAAGGUACUCGAUCGACGAGUAACGCGCAAUCGUUCGGAACCAACCUGAACUUAGGACCUCUUUCCUUUUCCUCGUCAUCGGCAUCGGCAUCGGCAUCAGCGACCGCCAAUGGCGGCGGAUCUGACCUAGCCGCUGCGAACGCGAAUACUCAAGCCUUUGGAGGGUCUAAUGCAAACGCUGAGGCCUCAGCCAUCGCUAAUGCUCAAGGUGUAGGUCCUUCUCCGGGACCGGAUUACACUUCUAACGCCGGUGGCAUCUACGAGGGCGGUCAUAGCAAUUACGUUCCACGUAACUAUCGGCAUCACGGUAGUAACAUCGGUUCCCCUUUAUAUGCGAAUUACGGUGCACAGGCCGGCGCGAGUGCAGGAGCGAACGCCAACGCGAAUGGCGCGUACGCCGGUGCGCAGGCUGGCGCUCACGGCAACGCGUACGCGGGUGCAUCCGCUGGGACGUACAGUGGUUCGAGCGCGAACGUCAAUCAGAACCUAAACUCGAACACGAAUGCGAACACGAACGUCAACACGAAUGUCAACACGAACGUGAACUCCAUCGCCGACACGAGCGCAAACGCGAACACAAACGUGAACACGAACGUGAAUACGAACGUGAACACCGUCUUGAACACGAACAGCGCGAAACCACUGACAAGCUACUACAAUUCUGGAAACGUUGAAGCUAAUGCAGAUGCGCACGCGGUCACUAACGGCGGAGGAACCGUUAUUCCCGAGAAACAAUUCCCAUAUAGUCCCGGCGUUCAAGGACCACGUUAUCCCGGACCUAAUCGAGAAAUCGAGUUCAUUUCUAAUCCAAGACCAGUGCUCUCCUAUCCGCGGCCAGAUGUAAUCGUCCAACCGCUUCCUCCGCCUCCACCGCCGCCAUUAUCGAUUCACAAUGUCCCGCCGCACCCUCCGCACAAUGGAGAUUCGGUGAUACCAGUGGUCGUCGUUGACGGUCCACCGUAUGGUAGACCCAUACCUAGACCAAGACCGAUGCACCGUCCGAAACCGAAGUAUGAGCCGUUGCAGAUCAUCGUGAUCGAAACUCCGGAGCCGCAAGGCCAAGCAGGUGGAGUUGGAAAGGGGUACUACCCGCCAAGCGGACGUCAACCGACCGAAGGUGGCAACGUUUACCCGACGGGCUUCUCAGGAGCGAAUGCUAACGCCAACGGUUUCGUGAAUGCCAACGCGAACGCGAACGCGAACGCUAAUGCAGCUGCCAGUGGAAAUGGCUUCCCCAGUUCACCUGGUUACGUGCAGCAACCUGGCAUCUAUCCUUCGAGCGGCCCAUCGUAUCCCGUCGGGUCCAGCAAUCCUUUCCUCAGUGGAUCGCAAGCGAACGCAAAUGCCAUCAGCAACGCCAACGCCAACGGUAACGCCAACGGUAACGCCAACGGUAACACUUAUUCCGGAUCGACAGGCAUCGCGCAGAGUCCAGGAUAUUAUCCGACAAGUGGUGCCAACCUUAAUAUAGGCGGAACCAAUCCUUUCCUGUCAGGAUCCCAGGCAAACGCGAACGCAGCUGCGAUUGCUAAUGCCAACGCCAAUGCCAACGCUGGAGCGAAUGCUGGCUCCUCGAGUCAACCGCAGUAUCAGAAUCCUUUCUUGAGCGGAGCUCCUACAAUCCCCGAAGCUCAGAAUACCAUUGUACCGAAACCGUCCUCGGGACUGGAGCAUAUAGUGAUCAACACAGGAAGCUUGGCUAACGCGAACGCUGGAGCGACUGCAGGCAGCCAGGGUAAAGCGCAAGGGAUACCAACCGUGUAUCCGGGUCAAGGUAGCGGUUCGAUAAACUACGCUCCGCAAGGUGGUGACUUUGGCCCGAUUUCUGGAUCGGCAGGUGCUGGAAGUUCCGCGAAUGCUAAUGCUGCAGCGAAUACCGUGGGCUCGAACGGUGGAUACGUCCAGCCGAUCAAGUCAGCCCCGGUAAUAAUGAUCCCGGCGCAACCUGGCAUCAUCGCAACAGGACCGACUGGAGGACAAGUGCCUAUCAAGGGUGUUCCGAUUUUCAAACCUUCUGGGUCAGUUUAUGGUCCGACUGGCUCGUCCGGUGCUAAUGCGGGGAGCAAGGCUGAUGCUGUAAGUGGUGGAUUCAAUGGCUACGGAGGAAACAGUGGCAACGGCGGUACUGGUAGCGGCCCGAUCUUAACUGGUCCCUCUGCACCUGGUUUCGGAGGUUCUGGAGCUAAAGCUGAUGCGAUAUCCCAUGCCGGAAACACUGGAUUUGGUGGAUUUGGUGGAAGCAAUGGAUAUACCGGUCAAAAUGGAGGAUCUUCCGGAGCUAACGCUAAAGCUGAUGCUAUAUCCAAUGCUGGAAGCAGCGGAUUCGGCGGUUUCGGUGGAAACAAUGGAUAUACUGGACAAAACGGAGGUUCUUCCGGAGCUAACGCUAAAGGUGAUGCGAUAUCCAAUGCCGGAAGCAGCGGAUUCGGCGGUUUCGGUGGAAACAAUCGAUACACUGGUCAAAAUGGAGGUUCUUCCGGAGCUAACGCUAAAGCUGAUGCUAUAUCAAAUGCUGGAAGCACAGGAUUUGGCGGUUUCGGUGGAAGCAAUGGAUACACUGGCCAUAACGGAGGUUCCUCUGGAGCUAACGCUAAAGCCGACGCGAUUGCCAAUGCCGGAAACAGCGGAUUUGUUGGAAAUAACGCGUUUGGUGGAGGCAAUGGUUAUUCCGGAUCAAAUCUCGGUGGAUUCAGUGCAGGAUCGAGUGGAGCCAAUGCCAAAGCUGAUGCAGUCGCUAAUGCGGGAGGUUCAAGCGGUAGCUUCGGAGGCAAUGGAGGAUACAAUGUCAAAGGAUCCGGUGGAUCGGGGAUUUAUGGACAAGGACCGUCUGGCGGGUCGUCUAGCGCCAUUUCCAACGCCAGCUCGAACGCCUUCUCGAGCGGCGGAUCAGCUAACAGUUCCAGCAAGUCUUCUGCUUUUACUUCCGGAAGAGGAUCGGUGAACGCAAACGCGCAAGCCUCGAGCAGCGCUGUCUCGACGGGCAACAAGAGCUCAGCUUCCAGCUACGCGUCUGCCAAUGCGAACACCGAUGACAUGUUGAUAUUCAACUGAUCUUUGCGACUCUCAAUUCCUCCAAAGAUUCAUCCGUGAGGCAACCCGACACCACAGACGUGCCAUCGCUCGAACGACUCAUCGCCAGAUAGUCAUCUGACUUCCGGAAAUGUAAUUCCUGUAAUGUUUCUUUAAUUUGUGAUGCCUUAGACUUCGGAUACUCUUAACGACGCGUCGAGUGUCGCAGGAAUAGGCUUGAAAUUACCGGACCGCGUACACUAUUGAUGCUCGGAUAAUAGUUUACCAGUCAGCGCAAUAAAUAUUUCGAUGCUUCGAACGUGUUACGUAAUGUUUUACUGCGUUUCAUUUGUCACAGCGUUUUAUUCCAGCAACGUUCCCUCGACACUCGAUUUGUAAAUAUUUCGAACGACAGAUCGAUUAUCCUCUGUAGUAGUAAUUUCAAGAUAAAGAUAUUCUUCAUUGAAUAUCCAUUGGCGUGAUUCUUGCCAAUACACAACGCUAACGUUGCCAUUCUAAAUUCGUUCGAAUCGAUUCCCUGAAGGAUCGAAGAAAGUAUUUUGUCGAAUUCCACUGAACAUUAAGGGCUUUCGACAUGAUCUUCCAAGGAGAUUGAACAAACGAGGAAUACUCUAACUCUUACGUAUAAGUAUACAACCGUUACGUGCAUGUACCAUACUAUUAGAUUGUAAAGCUGUAGGUGAAUGUUUUUAACGAAUGUUCUUGCGAGCGAGGUUGUUUGCCGCGUCGCUUAUUUAUUGCGAGCAGUUCACGGUAUCCGAUGACGCGCGUCAUAUUAUCGGCUUGACCAGACGAAAACACGUCUAGGUCAAAGUGCACCACGUCGGGCGGGUGCGACUAAUGAAAUUGCAUUUACGCACGGGACCGAGAAAGAAACCGCAAUGUUCGCGCAUAGCGCGGUGAAUGAAACUCGGAUGAAAGACAGUGACAUUGGAAUUCAAUGGAAUGACAUUCGUUUGGUUCCGUCAAUUUUCAUUUAAGAGAUACUUGAUAAUCUUCACGCAAUUACCAGUAAUCAAUUUCGCAUCGACGGACAUUUAUUUCGCGUCUUCCUCGGAAUUUCAGACUAUUAUCAUGUCUUAUCACAUGACUGCAGACAUCGGUUCCUCGUCUGUGUCAUUGCUUCCCUCUUUCUCGCUCUCUUAUGUAAUGAACAUUUUUCUGCGUUCUUCGUAAAUUGUAAAAACUCAAUAAACUGUCAUUUUCUAUCGAACUA